CUGUUCUUUUUGAAGAAAUAAACAAAUGACAAGAAUUGAAUAAAAAUGGAUUCAAAUUUGUCAAUUGUCAGUUGAAAUUGAAACUUUGAAAGAAUUACAAUAAAAAAAAAAUGUCACCAAUUUUUCUCACACUAUUUAUUGUCUCUAUUGCAUUCACAGCUCCAAUGAAUGCCCAAAUUUGUGGACCAAAUGAAGUAUGGGGUCCAUGUGAUCCUUGUCAAAGAACAUGCGAAAAUAUAAGAAAUCCAGAUCUCGUUAGAUGCACCGGUAGUUGUAUAACACGUUGUAAAUGCGCUCCUGGUUACGUUAGAUUAUCACGAAGAGUUCGACAGUGUGUAAAAGAGGAAGAAUGUUAAAAAAAGUAUUGUAAAAAACUGCAAUAAAUUAAUAAAAAAAAAAAUUUUUA